AUGGCCAGCGGGAGCCACGGGGCCGUGCCGCUCGGCGGCCGCCACAGCGGUGCGAACGCGAGGCGGAACUGCGGCGGCGUCCCAGAACCCACAGGGCUGGAUGCAGCUUGCACCAAAUUGCAAUCUUUGCAGAGACUUUUCGAACCAACCACACCGGCGCCCCCUCUGCGGCCCCCCGGCGCCCCUAUCCGUGCCCCGGCCGAGUUCCCCUCCGCCAAAAAAAACUUGCUCAAAGGCCACUUUCGGAACUUCACUCUUUCCUUUUGCGACACCUACACAGUCUGGGACUUGCUGCUGGGCAUGGACCGCCCCGACAGCCUGGACUGCAGCCUGGACACCCUGCUGGGGGACCUGCUGGCCGUGGUGGCUAGCCCGGGCUCCGGGGCCUGGGAGGUGUGUAGCAACUGUAUCGAGGCGUAUCAGCGGCUCGACCGACAUGCUCAGGAAAAAUAUGACGAGUUCGACCUCGUGCUACAUAAAUACUUACAGGCAGAAGAGUACUCAAUCCGGUCCUGCACGAAAGGCUGUAAGGCUGUCUACAAGGCCUGGCUGUGCUCAGAAUACUUCAGCGUGACCCAGCAGGAAUGCCAGCGCUGGGUGCCCUGCAAGCAAUACUGCCUGGAGGUGCAGACCCGGUGCCCCUUUAUACUCCCUGACAAUGAGGAAAUGGUGUAUGGAGGGCUCCCUGGCUUUAUCUGUACAGGGUUGCUGGACACUUCGCCCAAGCGGCCGGAAACCAAGUGUUGUGACGUGCAGUGGGUCUCCUGUGAGUCGGAGAAGAAGAAGUUCAAGGAGUCUGAAGCCCCCAAAACCCACCACCAGCAAUUCCACCACUCUUAUUUCCACCACUACCACCAACAGUACCACCAUUACCACCCCCGACACGACCCCCCAGGCCACAUCAGCCACAAGCCCUCCCUGCUGCCGGUCUCUGGGGGCUCCCGCCUCGGCCCCAGCAGGAUCCGGCUCUAUGUCCUUGUUCUCAUGCUCCUCCAUACCAUGGUGUCCUUCUCCAGCAGCCAGGGUGGUGGGGGACCGGGGCUGGAGGCACUGCCUGCCCUAGAUGAGGGCCUCACUCGGGAAGAAUGACAGCAAGGUUGGAGAUCAGACCUCCACCACACACCAACAUCAGCUCCAGGCCCCCCCAGGGGGAGGGGGAGGGGCUCCUCCCAUGGGAGGUGUAGGACCAGGUUGGGGGUGGGGGAAAUGGGGGACCACGCAUCACCUCCAACCAACCCCCACCCCAAAAGCAGCUCCCACAGAACCGCCAGAGGGCCUCAGGGAGCUGCAAAACUCAUCUGGGAGAAAAAGGCAAGAGCAGCAGGGGCCCCCGUCCUCAGGCCCCCAUCUGUGGGGCGUUAGCCAAAAAAGGUAAAGGGGGUGGGGGCUGGAAAUGCCCACCCCCACUGAGAGUCCUGACCCCAGGGAAGGAGGCUGCUCACCCAGCCUUUGCCCUGCAGGGAAUGUUGGGGGGCACAGAGGGGAGAAGCUCUUUCCCCCCUCCGCAUUCCUUUUGUUGCCACGAUCCUUAAUUCCCUCCUGCCCAUACCCCUACAGGCAACGGCAGACGAUGCAGUGGCCCUCCUUCCUGCUCCAGCACGCCUUGUCCCACAUGCGGCCGCCACAGGGAAGGGCCAGGCUGGGACACGAGGUGUACACAGUUGCAGCUAGGUCGGAGCCCCAGUUUUAAGCUGUGCCCCACUACCCUAGGCAAUGAGGUCUAGGAAUAGGGUGCAGAACGAAUGGUGAGAGAGAGUGGAGACAGGGAAGAGGGAGAGGAGAGGAAAGAGGUGGGCCGAGGGCUUAGAGAGAUGGCUGAAUGGGCUGUUGCCACUUGGCUUUGGGGAGGCAGAUGAUCAGUGUCAAGGCAGGCUCAAGGACAGCUCCCCAAAUCAGAAAGGGUAGCCUAAGGAGCCCUCUGAAAAAAGAGCACAGAGACUGGGCUCUUGGGCCUUGAAACAGAAGGCUGAGGGCAUGUGGUCAGACUGCCGCUGUCUGAAGGGCCAUAUUUUCCAGAAGGUGCACAUACUCCCAAGGGCCGCUCUUGCCCUGGAGAUCUUGGCCUUGGGGCCAAAGACGUUUCCAUUUCUGAUCUCCAUGGGGAGGAGGGACUUAAGCCCAAGUGGGUCAGGCCUGGCCUGGGUCCCCAGACUCCCCUAUCUUGCCCUAGCCCAGGCCUCCAUGAAGGAAAUCCUGGUGGCCGUGCCCCAGGGCUUUCCAGAGAUGAGCCUCCCUGAUCCCCAGCCUGUCCCUGCCCCCAGCCUACCAAAGAGUAUUCAUCCCUUCUGAUCCCUAACCCCAUGGGUUGCUAUCCCAACUGUGGAACCACCAGACUGCUCCUCACCCUGUAGCAGGUCCCCUAACCCAGCCACCCCUGCCCCUUGCUGGAGAGAGUCCUGAAACUGACAAGAGGACCAGCUGAAUAAAGACAAUGUGCUGUCUGUUGUCCCUUGGCUGAGAGACUUGUCAUGUCAGUCUCUCGUCAGGCUAGAGGGCUGGAUGAGAAAGGAGGCACAGAGAGCCCUUUCGGGGGGUCCACUAAACUUGUGCUGAUCUCCUGGGAUAUCUACAGGCCCAUAGGAGCAGACAAGAAAGGGAGCCGUUGCCAGGACAGGCCAAGGGGCUUUCAGUGCCAGAAAGGGCCUGUGUUCUAGGAUGUGGUGCCAGUGAGUUAAGGGGAGGGGUGGGCCUGGAGUUGCAUUUAGGCAAAGCGAGAGGGAGAGGGGGAAGCAGCUGGAAUUGGCUGGUGGGGGGGAUACAUGGGAGACCUCCCUAGUAGAGAGGGAAUCAUCCAAGGAACUCAGCUGAGUCCCCACAUAGGCUUUGUGAGACUGGGGAGUCCUUCCCUGCCAGUGUUCUUUCUCUCAGUGUGUACCCCUCCCCUCGCCCCUUUGCCCUGCCCACAGACUCCCUGUUUGGCCUUCAGCAUUUCAGGCCUAGCCACAUACCCCAUCCCUAGAGUGCUCUUUUCAGCUGGGGAGGGGAAGAGGUGCUGGCUCCUUUCCAGAGAUGCUUAUGUAGAUGUGAGAGAUCCUAGGUACUGCCUUCUAACUCCUGCAUCCUCAGGAGGGGAAAAGGGACUGGGAAGUAAAGGGGGACCUGCAGGCCCCAGGGAAUGGACCCUUGGAGACUCCCAUCCCCUCUUCCCACUCACCAAGUGCCCAGGAGACCCCUGGCUCAGACCAGCCCAGGGCCUUGCCCAGUGGCAGGGGAAAGGGGCACCUCACUCCACCUCGAAGUCAUUUGACUGUCCUCCACCCUACCACCCAGAUCAUCCACCACCACUCCAGCUGCCCCUGCCCUCUGUCACAGGCAGCGAAGCUGGGCAGCUUUCUUAUGCCAUUUUCUACACUGUGCUUCAUAAGUAGGACUUUCUUGCACUAGUUCCUAUGACUGAGUCUCCAAGCUGGAUUCCUAGUAGUCGCCCGUCCCUUCCUCCCUCACCUGGCUACAAUUCAGUUGUUGCCCUUCCCCUGCCUCCGUGUUUCGGUGAGAGUCUCUGUAUGUGUACUGCUUUCUGUUUUGUUGCAUUGUGGGGCAGAGACCUCUCUGCUCUUGUUUAACCCCAUAAAGAAAUAAAUGUUAAGACUUGAUAAUAA